AUUUCCUUUAGGAUUGACUGGUUUGAUCUCUUUGCAGUCCAAGGCACUCUCAAGAGUCUUCUUCAACAAAGAACAUAAUGCCAAAAUACAUGAAAGAAAAGUAGACAAAUAUGAGAAUAGGCAGAAAUGUAUACAUAAUUUAAUUAUUUCUUAUAGAAAUAGACAGGUUAUGUAGAAUUAAAUGGUGAUCAAACAUAUGGAGACAAAAGAUAUUUCUAUAAAAUAACAUCUGGGUUAUAGAGGAUAUGUUGGAGGAUAAUUUCAAAAUAAUGAAAAUUAAAAUUUUAUGCAAGUGAAUCUAUGUGGUGACACCCAAGCAGUACUAUAAAAGAAAAAAGUCAUACUUUAAAGUCAUACUGACUCAAUGGACAUGAGUUUGAGCAAACUCCAGGAGAAAGUGAAGGACAGGGAAGCCCUCUAUAUUAGGGAUAAAGUAGAAAUAGAUGCCCCUGCCCCCACCCCCUGCCCCGCACCCAAGGGAUUUGUGGUUAGAAUUUAGAAAGAGAACAAAAGAAAUCAAAGUAGAAUAAGAAAACCAAGCAUGUGUUACAAAAGUGAAAAAUAUAUGAAACCAUUAAUUGGUUCUUAUAGAUUAAACUGGUAAAAUGUUGGCUCAAUCAUAAAAGUAUAAAUUAGUACAUUUGUAAUUUAAUAGGAGAUAUACAAAUCAGAUUUGAAAAGAAUGAUCAGUUUGAUUCCGUAUAGACAAAAGGUAUGUGUUUUCCAGUAGCCAUGUGUGGAUGUGAGAGUUGACCAUAAAGAAGGCUGAGCACCAAAGAAUUGAUGCUUUCUAAUUGCGGUGCUGGAGAAGACUCUUGAGACUCCCUUGGACUGCAAGGAGAUCUAACCAGUCAAUUCUAAAGGAAAUCAACCCUGAGCUGAAGCUCCAGUACUUUGGCCACCUGAUGCAAAAAGCUGAUUCAUUGGAAAAGACCCUGAUGCUGGGAAUGAUUGAGGGCAGGAGGAAAACGGAGCAACAGAGAAUGAGAUGGUUGGAUAGCCUCACCAACUCAAUGGACAUGAGUUUGAGCAAACUCUGGGAGAAAGUGAAGGACAGGGAAGCCUGGUGCAUUGCAGGCCAUGGGGUUGCAAAGAGUCAGACACGACUUAGUGACUGAACAACAACAAAUCAGUUUGAUGCUAAAAAAUUAAUUAUUAGUAUCAAAAUGUCUGGCUCCUUAUAAAGGCAUAGUAUUAUAAAACCAACAUUUAAAAAAGAAUAUGUCCCACCUGGUUAUGAGAAAUAAUCUGUAACUUGUCAAAAAUAACCAGUUAAAAUGUCAUCUGUUUGUAAUGGCUAUCCUGAGACUUUUCCAGAGUGUCAAAGAACAAAUCAUUUCCAUGCUCCCAGAGUAUAGAAAAUGAUAGCAGGAUACCCAGUUCCUUUGCUGAAGUAAAUGUAAUUUUCAUAAAAAAAAAAUAAAUCGAGAUAACAUAAAGCUAUUUAGGAGAUACUUAUUUAUGAAUGUAGAUGCAAAAAUCCUAAUAAAAUCUCUAAAAAAUCAAAUAGAGAAAUAUUUAGAAGAGUUGCCAAAAUAAUUCCGGAAUUACAAAGUUGAUGUAACAACUGCAGAAUACAUUAGUUUACUAGGAAACAAUAAAAAUUAUACAUCACUGUAAUAAACACCAAAAGGGGAUUAGAAAAAAUUCAACUUCUAUUUCUAAUUAAAACUUAAAAAAACUCUCUAAAAGUAUGUUUUAGAGGAAAGUAUCAUAGGACUCCAGCAUAUUAUAGCUGUAUGGGGCCUAACAAGUGAUUAAGUUCUGGCCCCAUGUUUAACAGAUGAAAACACAUAGUCAGGGAGAUAAAAGGACUUAUCCAAAGUCUCUGAGCUUGGUAGUCUUGACUGCUAGUCUAGCUUGCUAUUAUCUGUUACUUUUCUUUUAAAUUGAAACAAGGAUAUGUGUGUGUGUUCAGUAGUGGCUCUUUGUGGCUGCACUGACUGUAGCCCCCAGGCUCCUUUGUCCAUGGAAUUUUCCAGCAAGAAUACUGGAGUGGGUUGCCGUUUCCUCCUCCAGGGGAUCUUCUCAAUCUGGGGAUUGAACUCAUGUUUCUUGUAUCUCCUGCACUGGCAGGUGGAUUCUUUACCACUGCACCACCUGGGAAGCCCCAGAAACAAGGGUGCUUCCUGUCAUUUCUACUAUUUAGCAUCAUACAAAGGAGAGGUUUUUGGAACUGAAUCUUAACCCAUUUACCCUUGCUGCUUCAUCUCUGGUAGGUAAACAACCAGUUGGUAUUCCUAUUAAUAGCUUCUGUUUAAAUGCUUCUAAUGUUUGGAGAAUCUUUUACUUGGGGAUGCUGGCCAUUUUGGAAGCUCUACUUGAAAGAUGGCUCUGUGUAUUGAACCAAAAUCUGCCUUUCUGGACCAUGCUGGAAUUGUCAGACCAGUAACUUACAAGGUUAGAUGUGUGGAGUUCUACACAAGGCCAUAGUUGGAGUGGCCACCCCGCGCGACGCUGAGAUCCGGAAGGACGUGCAGACCUACUAUGGGCAGGUGCUGAAGAAGUCAGCAGACCUCCAGACCAAUGCCUGUGUCACUGCAGCCAGGCCGGUCCCCCAGCACAUCCGGGAAGCCCUGCAGAAUGUACAUGAGGAAGUAUCCUUGAGGUAUUAUGGCUGUGGUCUGGUCAUCCCUGAGUGUCUGGAAAACUGCUGGAUUUUGGACCUGGGUAGUGGAAGUGGCAGAGAUUGCUAUGCUCUCAGUCAGUUGGUUGGUGAGAAGGGACAUGUCACUGGAAUAGACAUGACAGAAGGUCAGGUGGAAGUAGCUAACAAGUACAUUGAAUAUCACAUGGAAAAAUAUGGGUUCCAGGCACCCAAUGUGAAUUUUAUUCAUGGCUACAUAGAAAAGUUGGAAGAGGCUGGAAUCAAGAAUGAGAUUUAUGAUAUUGUUAUAUCCAAUUGUGUCAUUAACCUUGUACCUGAUAAACAGCAAGUGCUGCAGGAGGUAUAUCGAGUGUUAAAGCAUGGUGGGGAGCUAUAUUUCAGUGACGUCUAUGCUAGCCUUGAAUUGCCAGAAGAAAUCAGGACACACAAAGUUUUAUGGGGUGAGUGCCUGGGUGGUGCUUUGUACUGGAAGGACCUUUUUAUCCUUGCCAAAAAAAUUGGGUUCUGCCCUCCACGUUUGGUCACUGCCAGUUUCAUUACAGUUCAAAACAAAGACCUAGAAAACGUGAUCGGCGACUGCUGUUUUGUUUCUGCAACAUUUCGCCUCUUCAAACUCCCUAAGACAGGACCAACCAAAAAAUGCCAAGUUAUUUACAAUGGAGGAAUCACAGGACAUGAAAAAGAACUGAUAUUUGAUGCAAAUUUCACAUUUAAGAAAGAUGAAGCUGUUGAAGUAGAUGAAGAAACAGCGUCUAUCUUGAAGAAUUCACGAUUUGCCCAAGAUUUUCUAAUCGGACCAGAUGGAGAGAAGUUGCCAACAUGUGGAGGCUAUACUGCUUUAGAAGUAAAGGAUGUGAUCACAGAUCCAUUUGAGCUUGCAGGGAGGUCUGACAGUGCGGAGUCCCGAAGUUCCCCCGCUGUUGGUGGCUGCUGCAGUACAAAGAAGUGCUCCUAGAACAACAGCUGAGCAGAAGACAGUGGGCAGGAGGUGAAAGAAUGAGUUACACAUGUCUUAACCCACCCUUUCCCAUAGCCCAUACCACAAGGAAGAACAAGUGGCAGAAGUCCACUGAUUUCUAGGUAAAAAUAAAUGAGUUAUCUUUACAAAGUAUUAAAGGUUUGUAUCAAAAUCACAUAAAGACCUGUUAAGCCGGGUUCCUCUUACCUGAUUCUAGUGCCACCUGGUGGCCAGAAAUGGAACUGAGCAGCAGUCUGAAAGCUUGGCCCAUGCGCAAGGAAGGCUUUAGAAAAGAGAGUUGGCCGAGUCUCAGGGAAAACAUCUUCCUUCUGACCUGCAUGGAACCUUUUGGACUUUUCACCAUGUGCGCUCAUUAAACAAAGCUCCUACUGAAAUCAUUCAAAUCAUGCCAAAAGAUUGCCAAAUCAAAUUUGGUAGGAGUGCUCUUGAGAUAAUGGUCUUAUCAGUUUUUUUCCUCCAGUGUAUAAUUGAAUAAAGAAAAACCCAAGUGUUAA